AUUUAUUUAUCAAUACAAAUAUUUUUGUUAGACCUGUAAAUACCAACAGCAAAACGCUUUGUCACUAAGCUACAAUAACUAUCGUUGAGUUUUAUUCUGAAAGCCAUCGCGUGGACAAGCUCAUGUUUACGGUUAUGAUAACCUAAUGACUUCUUCUAUCAAUACCUGUCAUUCUAUCGCUUGCACGACCGUUGGGUCAGGUGAGUCAAAGCAAUCAGCUUCCGUCUUUGUGAACAAGUCAGUCGAGAGCUAAGCUGCUGCACACAGGAAGGAAAAAGUGAUCUUCUACAGGGAUUUUCCCUCAUCUUACAUUCGCCCUUGUUCACCUUUCUGAUGUUUAAUUUCCUUGUUUACUCAAACACAUUUUGUAAACAUCGGGCUGAUCUCACAUUUGCUAGUGUAAAGGUCGUGUAGCUCACGACAACCAAGUAAUACAAAGCUCGCGCUAGUUGCGAAAAGCCAAACAGCUCAGGACUUGAAAUAUUUCUCUUUGACCCCUGCUACAAAUUACUUUUUGCACCUUAUCAACCACUAGUACACUUCUGCUGUCAUGGACGAGUCUAGCUCAACAUUAAAACACACACACAGCCCAUACAGAUGAGAUAACCACAAAAAUGUGAAGUUUAACGAUUGUGGCAGUGAAUGAGUUUUAAAAAAUCCUAUUUUUUUAGUGAGUGAAUUGGAAUUCCCAUCAUGACAUGUUUCAAUGGUUGCAUGUUAUCUGUUGAAUAUAAAAAGGUCUUAUCACCUGACAACACAGUCGUUCUUUUUAAUAUAUUAGAGUUUGUUACCUUCCUUUUCUUUCCUCUCAGUAAUGUCUGUUUUCGCCUGUAUUGAAGAUUGAAAUAUUUCUUGAAGAUAAUUUCGUCAAAGUCGUGAAACGACAUCGUCAACCAGGAAGUCAGUUGGAAGUAAUGGCGGACUGUACAUACAUACAGGUCCUCAGACUUACUGUGAUUGCCGAAUUAUUACUUUUGUGUGUUGCCCAGAACACACACAUGCAAAACGUUGCAAUGGGCAAAGCGUGUGGCAUAAGUUCUACGUGGAAUCCCUCGGACACCUGCUCAGCGGUAAUAAAUGGAAACAUCAGAGACCUCAAUUAUCCCGGCAACUGCAUCCACACUGCGAGCUACGACAACUCACCUUUCUGGUGGGUGGACCUGGGGACUGAGUUCACCAUCAGCACGAUGACGAUCUACGGUCGAACUGGCUAUAUAGAUAGGAUGACUCAAGUUAACAUUCUCCUUGAUAACAACAUCGUCAAAAGCUUCACCAGAUACGACACAUGGACAAACGAUAAAUAUGACAUCACAGUUGGUCGUGUAGGGCGAAUUGUCAAAAUUACAAAAGACAGUAACUCGGGUGAAACGAUGAACAUUUGUCAGGUGGAGGUGUGGGCUCAAGUGUGUUACGCCGGUUGGUAUGGACACUACUGUACACAGGCCUGUACUUACUGUCCCAGCGGCUCUGUCUGUGACGAGGUGGACGGCAACUGUACGACCUGUGAAACCGGCUUCAAGCUGCCACACUGUGAAGCGUGUGAUAACGGUUGGUAUGGAGACAACUGUACACAAUCUUGUGGUCACUGUGCCGGUCGUGCUGUCUGUGACAAGGUGACCGGCAACUGUACGUCCUGCCAGACAGGCUUCCUGUUCCCCUUGUGUAAAGUGUGUAGGGACGGUUUGUAGGUAACGACUGUCACAGACUUGUGUCACUUGUGCGGUGUGCUGUCUGUGACAAGGUGGACGGCAGCUGUACGUCCUGCCAGACCGGUUUCCAGUCACCCUUGUGUAAAGUGUGUUGGGACGGUUGGUAUGGUAACGACUGUCAAACAGACUUGUGGUCGUUGUGCCGGUGGUGCUGUCUGUGACAAGAUGACCGGCAGCUGUACGUCCUGCCAGAACCGGCUUCAUCACCUUGUGUAAAGUGUGUAGAGACGGUUGGUAUGGUAACGACUGUCAACAGACUUGUGGUCAGUGUGCCGGUGGUGCUGUCUGUGACAAAGUGGACGGCAGCUGUGCGACCUGCCUGACCGGCUUCCAGUUACCCUUGUGUAAAG